AUGAAAACAGAGCGAGAGAAGAAGAGAGCGAUCUUAAGUGAACGGCGAAAGGAGCUGAAUAUUGACCAUCUCAAACAGGACAAACUAAUGUAACUGGGUUCAGAAGAACUUUACACUGGCAUGUAGUUCUGAUAACAGUAUGAGGGACAUUCUCCAAUAAUUAAUAUGUUAAAAUCUUACCCUAACCAGAUUAACUACUCUCUCAUUAUUAAUUAUACACACUUGUACAUGUGUGAAAUAGGACAAAUAAACGCACCAAAUUAUUAUUAUUAUUAUUAUUAUUAUUAUGCCACAGAUGUUCAGUUAACCUCUGAGCAGAAUUAUAGGCUCUUCCUAAUUUCCCCUAUGUUAUGUUAUUUCCACUCCAUAUAGAGAGAAGGCUGCUGACCUGUGGAAGUGGAUAUAUCAGCUUGAGGCAGAGAAAUUUGAUCUGCAGUACCAACACUCACGGCAGAAAUAUGAU